AUUUCAAAUAACAAUCCUAUAAAAGCAAUUUAAAUUGACCGAAGAAAAUUAUAGAUAAAAUAAAAAUCAUUAAAUCUGAAGAUAAACCGGCUUAUGAAUCUUUAGGUCAAAGCUAUAAUCUUUCAGAUGAUUACUCAUGGAAUAUUUACGUAACGCGAAACAAAAUAAUCUUGACUAAAAUUAUAAUCAUAUAAAUAAUUUAAUUUAUUUCGAGAUAACUGAAAAUAAAAUCAACGAGCACAGAGAAGCUAAAGACCCGUAGUGACUAACGACAGUGCUAUGAGAAGUAGAGCACAAUAAACUAUAAAAAUAAUCAAAGCGUAACAACUAUGUUAUACAAGGUAAAUAAUCAUUUCAACAAAUCAAAAUCGUAUAAAAUUCGUUUAACAACAUCAUACAUAGGAAAUAUAUAAAUCGUAAUGUACCAGUGAUAUCACUUACCUAUCUAUAAAAUACAUAAAUUAAUCGAACAUCUGAUAAAAAAAGUCUCUUCAAAAUCUAACAAUUUAUGUAUUCGUUCUUAGUCUACGAUUUUCUCUGGUUACCCAAAUAUUAUAGUACACUGCACGUGCAGUUUUACACAUCAGAAAAAUCGACGAGCAAGUAUAUCCAUCGAUUUCAGCAAUAGUGAUCUGACUAUGAAGGUCGGACGGUCACCAACGGCAAUCCGGAUGCUGCGAAACGGGCCUGCCGUCCGUGUCCGUAAUCCCGGUGAUAGACAGCCGCGGCAACUUUACACUUCUUCAUCGGUGGUCAGUGCGACAAUGACGACACAGUUCAACGUCAACCAUCGACUGCAUAAACCCAACUGGGACCGCGCGGUGUCCGAGGCCGAGAAGAUCGUCGGCUACCCGUCAUCAUUCCUAAGUCUCAGAUGGCUGUUCAGUGACGAGAUAGCCAAUAUCGCGCUACACCUACGCCGCAUGGUCAACUCCAACCAUCCACUCCUGAAAACAGUCAAAGGUUUGUUAUACAACGGUCAGAAUACCAUGCAAGCUUGGGGGCUGAUCGUGUUACUCGUAUCCAAAGCAGCCGGUCACGUGAAUGUGGACAGUUCAGCGGACGAAGAUAAGUCGGGCGUUUUGCGCAGUCAGAGGGCGCUAGCUGAGAUCGCAGAAAUGAUCCGCACCAGCCACCUGAUGCAUAAUGGUCUUAUUAAUAUAUACCCAGAAAUGUUCUCGGAACCUAUCGGCCACAAUGACAUGAGUUUCGGCAACAAGAUUGGCUUGCUCAGCGGCGACUAUCUCUUGGCCAACUCUUUUAACGAACUGUCAAUACUCAAAAAUCAAAACCUCAUGGAAUUAAUCAGCAGCGCCUUACGCGACCUGUCCGAAGCCGAGUUUGUGGGCCGCAGAGAUUCGCAAAACAACCCAUUACCGUCUCCGUUCGAACCGCUCGACCGAAAUAACGAUUCGACUCGGCUGCGGUUCAACCCGCUCCAAUCAUCGUCUGAGCAACUGCAGGGCGACAUGCCACUUACGCCCGCACUACACGACUGGACAAAGCGGAACGUACUAUCAGCUGGUAGCCUGUUAGGGAAGUCUUGUCAAGGCGCGCUCCUAUUGGCCGGUCACGGCGAGCAGUUACAAAAACAGGGUUUUUUGUUCGGUAAACAUCUAUCGCUCGCCUGGCAGGCGUACUUAGAUUUGGAGCCUUUUUUGUCUGAUUCAAUGUACUCGUUAGGAAUGUCUUUCAACCUCACUUCAGCACCAGUUAUGUUCCACCUCGAACAUGAUUCGUCAUUAUUCAGAGAAAUUGACAAGGGCGUUAAUUCAAUUCAAGAUGUCGACUAUGUCAAAGUGCACGAUGUUGUGGUUAAUGGUCCGGGAAUUAAUUACACGAAACAAUUACAAAAGGAGCACUCGAAAAAAGCUAUGGAAAUUUUGAACGUUUUCGAAGAGAGUGAUGCCAGGACAGCAUUGUCCAACAUAAUUAUUGCUAUGGACCGCGAAUAAAAAAUCUUAAGACUUACUCAAAAUCCGUAAACAUCUGUGAACAAUAUUAUAAAAUAAAACUACAAUUAUAUAGUGAACUUUAUAAUACAUAUAUAAACAUGAGCUGAACAAAUUUAAA